CUCGUAUCAAUCUUAUUACUGCAUCAGCUCCGACACCGCUGAAAUCUGAAUGCUGCCCCGCACCAAUCGCCACGGCAAGGUUUGUCAUCCCUCCGAUAAGUGCUGAUUAUCAAGCAACUUCCCGCAGUCAUCAUUGUUCCCCGCCACUUUUUCACUCAGGGCCCCUUGUGUUCUCAGUCAAUAUCUGGCGCCGUUAUUGAGAUCUGCUGCUUUUUGAUCGAUCGCGUACGAAGAGUAUACAGGAAACCAAAUCUACCAAAAAUGGCGCCUUCUCUCGAGGAGCCAACGACAGAUCACUUCGAUGCGCCUUCCAAGAUAGCCCCGAAUCUCGUUGCGCCUGAGCCAGAACAUUGUCCUGGACCUGAAUCUGAGCAAGCUGGUCAAGGCGAUGCUUGUGCCGGUUGCCCCAAUCAACAGAUCUGCGCCUCCGCCCCCAAAGGCCCUGACCCAGACAUCCCCAUCAUCACCGAACGACUAUCACAAAUACGGCACAAGAUCCUCGUCUUGUCUGGCAAAGGUGGUGUAGGCAAAUCAACUUUCACGUCUCUGCUUGCCCAUGCCUUCGCUGCAAACCCUGAUUCUACCGUUGGCGUCAUGGAUACAGACAUUUGCGGGCCGUCCAUCCCCAAGAUGAUGGGCGUCGAGGCGGAGACUAUUCAUGUGAGCAAUGCCGGCUGGAGUCCCGUGUGGGUCACCGACAACCUUGCUGCGAUGAGCGUACAAUUCAUGCUGCCGAACCGCGACGACGCGGUGAUCUGGAGAGGCCCCAAGAAGAACGGACUCAUCAAGCAGUUCCUGAAGGAUGUGGACUGGGGAGAGAUGGACUAUCUGAUCAUCGAUACGCCACCCGGAACGUCAGAUGAGCAUUUGUCGGUCAACUCGCUGUUAAAGGAUUCUGGUGUCGACGGUGCGGUAGUUGUCACUACUCCUCAGGAGGUCUCUCUGCUGGACGUGCGGAAAGAAAUCGACUUUUGUCGCAAGGCUGGCAUACGGAUUUUGGGGCUGGUUGAGAACAUGUCGGGCUUUGUAUGCACGAAUUGCAACACCAAGUCCCAAAUUUUCCGGGCUACCACGGGGGGCGGAAAGCGCCUUGCGAAGAAGAUGCGUAUCCCGUUCUUGGGUGCCGUACCGCUUGACCCAAGAGUCGGCAUGGCGUGCGACUACGGCGAGAGCUUUGUGGAUAACUUCCCGGACAGCCCGGCUUCGAAGGCGAUCAAGCAGGUUGUUCGUUCGGUUGCACAAUUCAUUGGAGAGGAACCGGACGAUGUUUUGCCGGUGGACCUUGUCGCAUAAACGCACUGUUUCUUUGUAUUCAUUCUAUCAGCGCGGUGCAUUUGGGAUAGCAAGCUAGUGGAUUUACAUGAUUUGACAUCAUUGUUAUCAUUGUUGGGCGUUUGGGCAUAGAUGCAGUUAUUUUGAUACCAGCUUACACAAAAGGCAAUUUGAUCUCGCGCUCACAU